AUGGGCUUCUGUGACGUCAUCAGUCUGCGCCGGGGAAAGGAAACGUGCGUACCUGUGUUUUUCUGCUAAAGUCGAAAGUGACAUAUUCAGUAGAAUUACCAAGAUUUCCCUUUAAAUCUAAAACACCCCGACCAUUUGAGACGGUAUGGAUGAUGAGGAGGAGACAUACAGGCUGUGGAAGAUCCGCAAAACCAUUAUGCAGCUGUGCCACGACCGAGGAUACCUGGUGACCCAGGACGAGUUGGACCAGACCCUGGACGAGUUCAAGAGCCAGUUCGGGGACAAGCCGAGCGAGGGUCGUCCCCGGAGGACCGACCUGACGGUGCUGGUGGCGCACAACGACGACCCCACCGACCAGAUGUUCGUCUUCUUCCCCGAGGAGCCCAAGGUGGGGAUCAAGACAAUUAAAAUGUAUUGUCAGAGGAUGCAAGAGGAGAACAUCACACGAGCCAUCAUUGUCGUUCAGAUGGGCAUGACGCCAUCGGCCAAACAGUCUCUAGUGGACAUGGCCCCCAAGUACAUACUGGAGCAGUUUCUGCAACAAGAGCUGCUCAUUAACAUCACGGAGCACGAGCUUGUCCCAGAGCACAUUGUCAUGACAAAGGAGGAAGUGACUGAACUACUAGCAAGAUAUAAAUUAAAGGAAAGCCAGCUGCCAAGGAUCCAGGCGGGGGACCCUGUGGCUCGGUACUUCGGCUUGAAAAGAGGACAGGUCGUGAAGAUUAUCCGACCCAGUGAAACGGCUGGAAGAUACAUCACAUACAGACUGGUCCAGUGACAGACAGUUCUCCCGGAUCAGCGUUUAGGACCAGAGAGACGACGCACCACAGCCAUCUUCACUCAUCUUUGCUUUUUUAUUUUAGAUUUGAAUAUUUUGUAAAAUAAAGUUGAACUGAAAA